GGGGCCGACACGUUUUGUCGGCACGAGGCAUCAGCGAGUGAGAAUAUGAAAGUGUGGCACCGUUGUAACAAUUGACAUUACGACGGUGACACACACUCACACACGUAAAUAUAAACACGUGUAUGUGUGUGCGUGACGGCGAGGGAGGAGGCUGUAAUCCAUGGAGAAUCACGGAGACGUCGCGGGAGAUAUUUUCGACUCGAUCGUGAUGGCUCCGGAACGGAGACAGGUCCAGGGUCACGAGGAGGGGUUUGAGCGAGGCCGACGGCAGGGUCUCGUCGAGGGCUGGCAGCUCGGCGUCAAGCACGGAGGCGCCAUCGCGGCCGAGGUAGCAUUCUACUAUGGCUUCACGGUUACCUGGCAGAGCCUGCUGCAAAGAGGAGGUGAAAGCGAUGUCAAGUCAAGCCGAAAACUCAAGGCUUUGGAGGCGCUAUCCUUGCUCAUCCGCAGCUGUCCGAUCCAGGAUGCGACCCAUCCUGAGCUGCAGGAAAACCUGGACAAGAUUCGGGCUAAAUUCAAGCAGGUGUGCUCACUGAUCAAUGUCCCCAUCCAUAUGAGCCAACCAUCAGCAUCUGGGACCACAUUCUGACGUUGUCUCUACGCACACGUUAAACUACGUGCUCGUUGGACUGUUCUCUGAUUUUCAAAUCUGCUGGCCAGAACCAUGGUGUGGAGGCAGACUUCCAAUACUGUGCACAACGCUUCUGCACGGACCAACUUCUAAUCCAGUCUGAACCCUUACGAAGUCAACUCGGUUUUAAGAGACCGAUGACGUUGCAUCACUCACCUCUCAAUCACUUGGCUACAUUGGCUUUGAGACUGGUGACGAGGUCCCCAGGGGGCUCAGAGGUCAGGGCAUUGGCCUGGGUUCAAAUCCAGGUAGCUGCCUGUGAUUAAACCGGGCUCCCAGGUGUAGUGUGUUGAAGUUCUCAGCCUGGUCACCAAUGGACAUUACAAAAAAACCAUCACAUUUUUAGCUCUGAGAAUUACAAAAUAUAAACUUGAAUUUCAUAGCGAAGCUUACUCUCGGUGUGAGAUGGAUAGUGCUGGCCCCUACUGUGUGGACCAAAGAUCACUUGAAAGCAUCUCAGAGGUAGCUGUGUGGCAUCCGCUUGGGUGGAUCAUUCUCUAACACCAAGGACUUGCACUGCUCUGUACGAGACCCGAUUUCAUACUUUGUCUAAUGACACCAAUCGCACAUGAUAACGGCAACAACAUUUCGAAAUAAAAAAGAAAGAAGCGGAAUUGCAAUCGGUUUACCAUAAGCUAAGGUGUGCAACCAUUAAACUCCACAACCAAUUAUCUUUCAAAGAGCAUUUGCUAAUCACCACCACCCCAACGUUGGCUAGAUUUCUGCCAAGCGGGCAAGUGAAUUCCUGAGAUCGGGCCACAUUGGCCAAGAGCAGUGGAGACGGUGGGGGGAGAAAGUGUGCCAGGGGGCUAGGGCGCGAGACAAGGUCGUGCGGUUUGAGGACACGCCUUGGACUGGCUUGGCACGCUGCUUGCAUGGUUCGGGCAGCAGCGGUAGGUUUUGGCACGCAUAAAACUGGGUGUGGUAAUGUGGAAACAGUGCAAAGCAUUGACCCCAUAACUCCUAAUCCCUCCUCUUCCCACAAAUAUCACUUCUGGAACUGUAGCUGCUUUUACACUUGAGCUGUCAGUUCACAUCAUAUCUGAUGUCAUCGUAUCAGAUGUGAACUGGAUCAACUGGAUUUAGUUCACGCGAUUCAAUGUAAAUCUGCACCCACACAAGCUAUAAAAAAUAUAUAUCUAGCUUUAGAUAGCUAGUGCGCACCCAUUCCACAUCGCAAUACACAUGUAACUGCUUCCCACACACGCAAAAAAACUGGAAUGCCUGAAGAAAAUGCAGAAAGAGAAUAACACGGAACAUAUCUGCCGACAGGCCAGAAGCCAACUUACAGCUCCAUGCUACAAGGCACAACUACUCUGCAGGUGUUCUACAACAUAUGAUUAAACUUGUUUCUAACGCGA